UUUCUGAGUAUGGAACAUUUUUGGAACCUUUUACUUCAGCUCAUGAAGCAUGGGACCAACACUUUACAUGUUGCGUUUAGAUUUUUGUUCAGAAUACAUGACGUGUCCAUAGUAAAAUGCCCAGCGAUGACACACGGCUCCAACUACUACUAACUAUCACAUGGAAUUCUGAAAGGGACUUGGGAAGUUUCGGUUCAUGGUGAGUCACCACAGUACUCGUGGUCACCAGCGCGGGGAGAGAGACUCCAGUCACGCCACCCUCCCAGCACUGUGCCGUGUAUGAUUGCCGCGAUGCAGGCAGGCUAUUCGUCCAAGGAAUAGGAUCGUAGUUGGAACACUUUAGAGAACAGGUGGUCGGUAAAACGUUAACGUUUAGACGGUAUGAAGAGACGAUGAAGAUUAUUGCCGUCUGCUUGUUUGGAAUACAAUCUUUUUGACACCAAAGGAAAUUCAUAACUGGAACAUCCUACAAAGUAGUGAGGAAUACACCUCAACGGAAGUACAUCGGGAUUCGGGAACUAAUAUGAAAGUGACAGUGUGUUUUGGGAGAACCAGGGUGGUGGUUCCUUGUGGCAAUGGAACUAUUAAAGUCCACAGUCUUAUCGAGCAAGCCGCCAUGAGAUAUAAAAAGGCUAUUGCGAAGGAUCCUGGCUACUGGCUACAGGUGCACAGGUUGGAGCAUGGGGACGGAGGCAUACUGGAUCUGGACGACACACUGUGCGAUGUGGCCGAUGACAAAGACAGGCUGGUGGCAGUGUAUGAGGAGCAGGACCCUCACCAUGGAGGCGAUGGCACCAGUGCCAGCUCAACGGGCACACAGAGCCCUGACCCCUUCACUGCCGUCGCAGAGCUCAACUCCAGCAACAUGUCCGCCUUCCAGCCCUACCAGACCAGCAGCGAGAUAGAGGUUACCCCCUCCGCCCUGCGCAGCAACAUGCCUCUCCAUGUUCGGCGCAGUAGCGACCCCUCUCUGGCGGGCCUUCCCCUGGGUGACCCACAUACAGCACCGGAGGAACCAUCCCGUAAGAACCCCACACGAUGGUCCACCACGGCAGGCUUUCGCAAGCACAACCACCACCACAGCCACAGCCACAGCCAAAACACUGGGACCAACAGCCUGGAACGCAAGGAUGUAGAUGCGUACCGGAGUCUCCCUCGUGAUUCAGCAGUUUGGGCCACCCAGUUCCAGAGAGAGACUGCCCGCUCCUCACUCAGCGCCAACCACCCCAUGGUGGACCGUUGGCUGGACAGACAGGAUCAGGAGGAGGAGGAGGAAGAGGAGAGGGUGAAGCAGGAAGAGAGGAAUGGGAGAAUAGAGCCGGUGGGGAGAGCAGACUCCUGUGUGGAACACUCCCCAACGUUAUCUCUGAAUGACAUGCUAAAGCUGGUAGAGGUGUCCAAUGUCGGCGGGCCUCUGGGGAUCCACGUUGUGCCUUUCAGUGCCACGGACAGAAGGACCCUUGGGUUGUUAGUGAAGCGUCUGGAGCGCGGCGGCAAGGCGGAGCAGGAAGGUCUGUUCCAGGAGAACGACUGUGUCGUCAAGAUUAAUAACGGGGAUCUGAGGAACAUCCGAUUUGAACAAGCCCAGAACAUGUUCAGGCAGGCCAUGCGUUCUCCUGUCAUUCUGUUCCAUGUGGUCCCAGCUUCCAUGAAGAGCCAGUAUGAGCAGCUCUCCCAGGAGGAGCUUAGCCCCCCAUGUCCGAGGGGGGAGAGGGGUAACCGGGGAAGCUUCACCUCCAGCCAGGCCUCGGACCCCCAGGCCCCGCAGCCCGGGGAAAGGGGUAGUCUGCUGGUUCACGGGGGGGUGGGGUUGGACCACAACCCACAGAGGAUGUCCUCCAGGUCAAGACCACACCCCAUUCCCAUCCCCAACAUCAAACACCAGAACCAUGGUCCUCUACCACCGCGUGUACCAGACCAGCGCUUCUCCACCUCGCUACCUCACAGCGGAAGCAACAACGUCUCCUCGGCCCCCUCUCCAUCCCUGCAGAGGAGAGUUAGUGCCAACCCUACUGCAGGCUACUUAAAGAAAACCGGCCGGAGACUGAACAUCCAGCUGAAGAAAGGUCCUGAGGGUCUUGGAUUCAGCAUCACAUCACGUGACGUCCCCAUAGGAGGCUCCGCCCCCAUCUAUGUCAAGAACAUCCUGGCUCGGGGUGCUGCUAUCCAAGAUGGCCGCCUGAAGGCUGGCGACCAGCUGCAAGAGGUGAAUGGGGUAGACCUGAAUGGGAGGAGUCAGGAGGAGGUGGUAGCUCUACUCAGGAUCACCCCCAUGGGCGGAACAGUCAGUCUGCUAGUCCUACGCCAAGAGGACUCCUAUCUACCUAGAGAAGUGAAGUCAGAAGAAGAGGACCUGGUGUUGACCCCAGAUGGUACCAGGGAGUUCCUGACCUUUGAGAUCCCUCUGAGUGACUCGGGGUCGGCAGGUCUGGGGGUCAGCGUCAAGGGAAACCGCUCCAAGGAGAACCACGCCGACCUGGGCAUCUUUGUCAAGUCCAUCAUCAACGGAGGGGCCGCCUGCAAGGAUGGCCGACUGAGAGUCAACGACCAGCUGAUUGCCGUCAAUGGCGAGUCGUUGCUAGGGACGCCCAACCAGGAUGCCAUGGAAAUGCUUCGCCUGUCCAUGUCGACGGAGGGCAACAAACGAGGGAUGAUCCAACUCAUCGUUGCCAGGAGGGUUGCCAAGAGCAACGAGGAGGUUCCAGGAAGCUCGCGGGUGGAGGAGCAGCCUCUGACAGACCCUCUGGACGACCAUGAGCGCCACAUCUCCCACUCCAUGUUCGGGACCAGAGAGUCCAUGGACGACCAGCCCUCCAUGCCGCCACGCAAUGUCAUGAUGGGACCCCGCAUGAUGGGUAACUACCAGCUGUCUCCGACUGUGAACAUGCCCCAGGACGACACCGUCAUGAUCGAAGAUGAUAGGCCACCUGUGAUCCCCGCCCACAUGUCUGACCAAUCAUCCUCCAGCUCCCACGAUGACAUGGGCUUUGCUGCAGAUAACCCAGUGACUUGGGCUCAGGACGUGCCAAACCAAAAUGAGUGCUCCCUCAGUCCGGACACAGAAGACCCAGAAGAUUCCUUUCAGAGGGAGGGGUUUGGACGCCAGAGCAUGUCAGAGAAACGCACCAAACAGUUUGGCGACAAUGCCAAUCAGCUUGAGAUCAUCAAGACGCGCAAGUCCAAGAGCAUGGACCUAGUAUCAGACGAGUUUAACCCCCACCUCACCCCCAGCACAGAAAACAUGGAAGGCUCUUCGACAGGAGAAACAAUUGGUCCCUCUCUGGGCCUGAAGAAGUCCAGCUCCCUGGAGAGCCUCCAGACUGCCGUUGCCGAGGUUACACUCAACGGGGAAAUUAACCUCCACAGGCCACGCCCACGAAUCAUCAGGGGGCGGGGUUGCAACGAGAGCUUCCGGGCAGCCAUCGACAAAUCGUACGACAGGCCAGGAGUAAUCGUUACUGCUAUGGAAGAGUGUGACCUGAAAGGAAUGGAGACAUUGGAGGAGGACGCCGAGGGGAGUUGUCGGUCAGGCCGGAACUCCAUAUCUACGGCCACUGACCUGACCCUGCCACCCGGCAACUCUGUAACCAUGGAGAUGCAGGUGAAUGGCAACGGCAAUAAAAAGAGGGUGAAGAGCGUGAGGGACAAGAAGAAGCCUGAGAGAGAUAAAGAAAAGGAGAAAGAAAAAGAGAGAGAAAAAAACAAAGCCAAGAAAGGGUUGCUGCUGAAGGGCCUGGGAGAUAUGUUCAGGUUUGGGAAGCACCGCAAUGGAGACAAGAUGGAGCGUAAGGGGUCGAGUAAAUCUAAGAUGGAGGACACACAGGCGUCUGAGGAGGAGAUGCUACGGAUGAAACUGGAGCAGGAGAGGAUCCAGGCGAAGACGAGGGAGUUCCGUGAACGUCAAGCGUUGGUGGCGAGGGAGAGGGAGUACGCUGAGAUCCUGGACAUCAACCCCAACCUGAACUGCACCUUCAGCUCCAACGAAGACGAGGAGCACCCCUACGCAGGCAUCGGCUCCCUGGACGGGUCAUCCGAAGACAGCAGACAGGAGCCCCACCAAGGGCCCCAGCCCCCCCAGGACAGCGGUCCAGACCAGCCCGACCUGGAAGCCCUCUAUGCCCAGGUCAACAAGCCUCGCAACGGACACCCUCCCUCAGCUGACAGCAACCGACUGGCGCCAAGUAACCAUGACCGGAUACGACGUCUGAGGGUUGAGUUCCAGCAGGCCAGAGGAGAGGAGGACCCUGAUGACCGACGGCGCACAUACAGCUUCGAGCAGCCCUGGGCUAACUCGGAGACCUAUACCCUGACCGGACACCAAUCUGUUUCUGUGGAGUCACAGGUGCAGAGACCGAGACAAGACAAGAGACGAGACUCAUUUACACAGGCCCAAAGACAGUACAGUUCCCUGCCACGGCAACCUCGUAAGACCCCCAGCACAGUGUCCCAGGAGUCGUGUGACAAAGCCUUCCCGCCGGGCGAGGUCUUCCAGACGGCCAAGGAGAACCCCCGCUACUCCAGCUACCAGGGCUCCAGGAACGGCUACCUGCACAGCGGGGCCAGUGGCUUCAACGCCCGCGUCCUGCUGGAGACCCAGGAGCUGCUGAGGCAGGAGCAGAGACGCAGGGAGCAGUCUGAGGCCAAGAUGAGGCUACCGCCGCCACAGGAGGGGGUCCCUGUCACCAACACCGGCUACGAUGACAUUCACCCAGCCCCGACUCCAACCCUUCCCCAGGAUCCAGUCCUGACCCAGGCCCCGAUCCCUGUCACAGCCACACCCAAGGGCCCGUACCGCCAGGAUGUGCCCCCCUCUCCAUCUCAGCUGGCCAGGCUCAACAGGCUGCAGGGCUCAGAGAAAGGACAUCCAUUUUACUCCUGAUGGGCAAAGGAGGGAUAAGAGGAACUGGAGGAUGGAGGGGUUGAUGAUUAUCACCAGCAAUAAUAUAAGAGAGUCUGGAUCUUCUUAAAGUCCGCUAGAUCUCUUUGAAUGGUUUCAACACAGAGGUUUAAUUAAUUGUAUUUCUAUGUUGGUGUUUUUAUAACAAACUUUACAUUUAGGAUUCUAUUCACCCCAAUCACCAGUUGUCUGGUCUGUGUCUGCCAUCGUGAUCUUCCCACUUUAAGUGCCUUGUGGGAAGACUGUUCUGCCUUAAAGGUCGAAUGCAGCCGUUUUUAUCUCAAUAUCAAAUCAUUUAUGGGUAACAAUAAAGUACGUUACUGUGAUUGUUUAAAAUUAAAAUGGUCAAAAAGAAACUAAAAUAACUUCUUAGUAGAGAGCCAUUUCUUAAACAAGAAUUUUGAUAGGGAGUGGUCUGAGAAGGGAGAGGGAAGCAGAAAACUAGCUGUUAUGGCGAUGUCACCAGGCAGGCCAAAACUCCAUCCCUCCAAAGCAGACGGUCUUUUCAAACAGUUCUUACACUAAAAGGGCAUUAUCAUCAUUUUCACAAUUUCACUGCAUUAUUUCAAAAUAGUGUGUGAGAUUGUGUGGUUGACCACUUCGCUGUGUGAGGUUGUAUGCUCUACCAAAUCACGUAUUUGGCUGCACUGGGCCUUUAAGAGUCUAGUCCUCACCCUUCCUGUG